UGCGACAGUAUUGUUAAUUCAUGAUAUUUUCAGGUGGUAGUUUAAAAUUGGGCACUUUAAAAGCAAUACUAUUGAAUAUUAGCUAUAAGUGCAUAUAUUACAGCAUAAUCGUCGCAAGACAAGCACAGACGACCAUUUCGAAAUGCCAAUACACUUAAGAGUCUUGCAUCUUUCAUAAGUUGUUUGUUUUUUUUUUCUUUAGUUAUAAAGAAUCUCUUCUACCAUAAAGUUGGUUUUUGACUCCUUGCGUUAAUUUUUUUCUUAAUUUAAAAUUUUCAUUUAAACUUUAUUUUUUAUAUUUUGAUUUACAUAAAUUCUUUAAUGCAAGUGAGGCAAUAGCUUUGCCAUAGACAUAAGGAAUAGGAUAAAAAGAAUGACAACGUUAGUACCUACAUCGUCUCAACAACCUGGGACAACAUCAGCAACUUCAACGGGUGUAGAAUCCUAUGAGGAUAUGUUUAAAGAGAUAACCCGUAAAUUGUAUGGAGAUGAGUCAGCACAUGGACUAUAUCCCAUCAAUAAUGCUCAGGUUGCACAAUUAGCACAAACACCAUCAGCACCGCCCGAAGGUGAACGUUCAUUCACAACGUUAGUGUCUGAUAGAAAUUUGGCACAAUUAGAAUAUGAAAGUGUAAUCCAGACAGAUGCAUCAAGUAAUUUUAAAUCAGAGGACCAUCUUUCGACAGCGUUUGGAUUAGCGGCAUUAAUGCACAAUGGAUUUCCUCCUCCUGCUGUUUUUCCUGUUACAACAAAUACAGUGACAAAGCAGCAAGCGCCACAAACAAAUGGCGAGGAGCGUCAGCAGUGGGCACAACAGCCAACAACACAACAAAAUCAUUCACAGCAAGAGGAAUCACUCUGGAAUUCGAAUAAGAAUACAAAUGCAUAUACACAAAAAUUAUUUAAGAUUAAGACAAAACAGGAACCAAUAGCAAGUGAAGCAAUUGUCAUUAAUACAUCAUCCAUUACGACAAAUAUUAAGAGUGAGGUCCAGCAGCAAAUACAAAAACGAUAUAGUUGUUCAGUGUGUCCAUACUCGACUGAUAGACGUGAUUUAUUUACACGUCAUGAGAAUAUUCAUAAGGAGGAGAAACCUUUUCAUUGUUAUGCAUGCUUAAAGCAGUUUAACCGAGCAGAUCAUGUGAAAAAACAUUUCCUGCGUAUGCAUCGCGAAAUGGAUUAUGAUAUUAAUAAAACAAGAAGAUAUCCACCGUCGUCAAAACAAAUCGUUAAUUCAAAUAACAAUAACAGCAAUAAUAAUAAUAACAAGAGUAACAACUUUUUUUAUAAUCAGCAACAAACGGCGGAAACACAGCCAACAGUUACAACAACAAUCAACAUACCAACAUUUUCUCAACAUCAGACCACAAAUUCAACGCAACAUCAUAGUAUUGAACAAGUUAUUCAAAAUAGUAAUGCCAACAAUCAGCAAAAUAAUAAUAAUAAUGUUAAUAAUAAUAACAGCAACAAUAAUAAUGCAGUGAAUAAUCAGUCACUUGGAAUUAAUAUAAAUAAUAUUAAAAAUGAGAAAUCUGUCCAGGGAAAAUCACAGAAACCAAAAGGAGAGAAAAGAUUCAUGUGCUGUUAUUGUCCGUGGUCAGGUGCUGAUAACUGGGGAUUAAAGCGCCACCUCAACACACAUACAAAGCCUUUUGUUUGCCUAUUGUGCGAUUAUAAAGCGGCACGAUCUGAAAGGCUGACAACACACAUAUUGAAAGUGCACAACAAAAAGGCGUGCAAUAAAUGUAGCUUCUUUGCUGAUGAUCAGGCACAAUUAACACAGCAUCAAAUUGAUACACACCAAAAUGAAACCCGUACUACUACCCGAGUUAACAAUACUACUAACAACCACUCGACAGUCCAACAGACUGUUUCAACUAAUCAAUCCAUAAAUAUACCUGCAUCAUCAACUAGUGUUAAUCCUACUAAUAUAGCAAGUACAGGAAAUGUAUUGCGAACAUUAACAAAUACUUUUGUGCCAAAUAUUCAUACGACAUCAUCAAAUCAUGUUUUCGGCACUUUAAAUUCGUCAUUAAGUAAUGGUGUUUCAACAAUCUAUACGACAUCUAAUGUUAAUACUAAUAUUGUCGAUCAAAUAAAUCACCAUUUAAAUACGAAUAAUUGGCGCACAAGUAAUAAUAUUAAUACUUCAUCAAAUAAUCAGAAUGUUAUAAGAAAUCAACAAUCAACAACUAAUACAUUAACAUUUACUAAUACGUCAUCGGGGACGCAAGCUAAAAGAAAGUCUGGCGCAGAGCGCUUGUUUGCUUACUUUGAAGCUGAUGAUAGCGAAGAUCUAGAAUUAGAUUAUGCUCGUCAGUUGCAAAUGCAAGCACUAAGCCGAAAUACUGCCUCUGUAGCUCAGGAUUUUCAUAACGCGGGAGGUGAAAACCUUACAAAAAGCAUCAUUCAACCACAGAAUAAGAUAAAAGGCGUUAAUUCGGUCACAUGCAAUAACAACAGCAGCAACCUGAAUAACAAUAUAACAAACAAUCAUGUUAUCAAUGGAACAAUUGGUCAACAGCAAGAAUUGAAGAAGAAAUUCAAGGCGAUGUCUCCAAUUGACCAUUCGCCUCCCGCGACACUUGAAUUAAUAACAAAUUCAAUAAAAAGACGUCGCAAAAGUUCUUCCUCGAAUGAUAAAGAAAAUGUUAAUGAGCUUCUUACCAAACAACUUACAUUCUUAAAGCAACAGCAUCAGAUGUUCUUACAGAAUCUUAAUGCUAGUAUGAUGUCUGAUGGUGAGAGAUUGAAGGCGAUUUGUGAGAUAAAUGAGAUAUUUGAAGGAAUGUAUCGCAAUUCAUUAACAAUCCUUUCUUCAAUGGAAAAUGAAAAGUUCAGCUUUCUUCAGCAACAACAACAGCAACUGCCUCAAGUGAAAAUUAAGAAGGAGUUUGAAGACAACAAUAAUGAAAAUGAUUAUGAAAGCUGUAAGAGUGAUGAGAAUAAACCAAUCAAUAAUGAUUUUACGUUACCGGCAUUCUUAAGGAAUAAUAAGGAAAUUACCGUGAUUAUGGAUCCAAAAAAUCGUUCAAAAAUACGAAUCGAUGAUAGUCAGUAUAACGAGACACGUAAGAAUCGCAAGCAACUUAAACCAAAAAAGAUCGAAAAGGAUAUUGGUCCGGAACAAGAACCCUUGAAUAAUAAUCAUCAAUCAUCACGGGUAGAUCAAGAAAAUGACAAGGAGAAUGAUUAUAAAAAUUCAAUAAACAACAUUAACAACCUUCGUGAUAAACAUAUGCUAAAGCUUGUGACAAAAAAGAAGUGUUGCUAUCUAUGCCGUAAUAAAUCAAUAGAUGCCAAUUCAUACUACUCAAAGGAAUCGCUUCUCUUGCACAAUAUGUGGCGUCAUAAACCAAAAAAGCUUGAAUGUCAUCGAUGUGAGAUGAAAUUCAAUAAAAUGUAUAAACUCAAGCUUCAUAAGACACUUAAAAGGCAUUAAAAUCAUUUGUACAAAUAUGGAAUAAAUAAGUAUAUAUGUAUGUAUAUGGAAGUGAAAAGGCACAAGGCACUCUCACACACUCUUUACCAAUAUGACUAAAAUAUGAAAAACGUUACAAAAGUCUAAUGUCAGAGAUUUCAUUAAAGAACCAUCAUCACCAACAAACACUGCUCUCUAUCUCUAUCAUCAUCGUCAGAACAAUGCAUGAUAAAACAAUUUUGAACAAACAAUGAAAAGAAAGUAAGGGAAAAUUAAAGAAUAUACACACUCACACACACAAAAAAAAGCAAGGAAGAGAGAAUAAAAUUUUCCUCCAGACAUACAAACUCAAUAUUUUUUAUACAGAAAAAGUUUCAAUUUCAUUACACAUUCAAUAAUGAAGAAUUUUGCAUUUUAUGCAUUCUAUAUAUUAAAAAUAUAACUAUAUAUAUAAAAUUUAAAGUUUUACGUCUGUAUACUUUUAGCAUUUAACUUAAAUUAUCAAGGUUUCCGUUCAUACGGAAUGGUUUUAGCGCAUUUUCAUUUCAUGUGAUCCUAGUUUUGUAGUUCUGAAUCCUUACUAGCUUUGUACCGUGAUUAAGUAUCUGAUCUAGAUCUGACUCUGUGUAAAAAGUGAGUGAUUUCCAAUAAAACAUUACUUUUUGGUCAGAAAAACUUUAGUCCAGCUUUCGAAUAUUCCUCCCAAUAUGGUUCGAUACCUAAAAUUACACAUCGACACAACAGCAAGCUAUAUAUGCAAAAAUUUAAAUCAGAUUCCUUAAAAUUCAUUGACUACGCAAAAAACAGUUCCUUAAUAUUCAGCGAUAAAAUCAAAUAAUUCAUUUUGUUAGCUAUUGAGCUAGCGAAUCCAUUUGAAUCCCCAAAAAGGAAAUUUCACAUACCAAUAGACAGAUAAAUAUUGUACAAAAUCCGAGCAUCCCAUCCAUGGGAAAGUGCGCUAAAAACAAAAACAGCAAAGAAAAGGCAACAGAAGUGGUAAGGCAUUAUUUUCUUCCUCAUUCCAACUCAAUCUCUCCUUUCAAUUAUUAAUUUCCUUAUCAUUUUCUUCCUGCCCUUACCAUUUUGCUCCUGCUUUGAAUUCUUCCACUUAGUUCAUGGCAAUAUUAUUAUCAACUUUAUUUCUUCGUGCAAUUUAAUUCCUUUCGCAAACUCAAAAAAAAAAAGAAAUUGAUUAGAAAGUUAUACAUAUUUAUAUACGAGGAUGAAUGAAGAAGAAGAAAUGAGAUUGUUUAAAAACAUGGAAAUAAAAUGUUUAUUUUUCAUUCAAUCAAUAAAACACAAAAGUUGUAUUGCGAUACGAUGAGCUACUUAUUGCGAUUGUGAGCCAUAUAAAAAUAUGAAAAACCAUUAUUAUUAUUAUUAUUAUUUUUUAUAAGCAACAUAAGUCUUAAGUAAAAUAAAAUGCUGGAAAUUUUUUUUUCAUUUUUAAUUUUC